AAAUAAUUUUGUACACCACACAAUAAUCUUAGAAUGAUUUAUAAUUUUUGUUUACAGUUUCAUCUAUAAAUAAUCUGUAUCUUUCUAUAACUACAAAAUGUUUAAAGAAUUCCAGAAAAAAAGACCAAAAAAAAUAUCUUCGAAAUAGAAUAAUAAGAUAUCUCAAGAAGUUUGUUCAACAAAAAUGGACGAAGAAAAGUUGAUUGAUGAAAUUAUUAAGUUACGUGAACUGUUGCGCGCAAAGGAAGAUCAACUAGCGGCUUUAAGGCGCGAGAAACAAAUUAUCCAAGAUUACGGUUUAAGUAAUAAUGAGAUAUCAAGAUACAGCAGACAAAUUUUCUUACCAGAAAUUGGUAUUAAAGGUCAGUUAAAAUUAAAAAACAGUGCAAUAUUAAUUGUUGGAGCAGGUGGUCUUGGAUGUCCUGCUGCAUUAUAUUUGGCAUCUGCUGGAGUUGGACAGAUUGGUAUAAUUGAUUAUGACAGUAUUGAGCUUAAUAAUCUUCACAGACAACUGUUAUAUGCAGAAACAGAUAUUGGAAUACCAAAAGUGGAUGCAGCUGCAGAAAAACUUAAUAGAUUAAAUAAUAACAUUAAAGUUACACAAUAUAAAGUUCAACUAGAUAGUAAUAAUGCUUUAGAAAUAAUAAAAUGUUACGAUGUAGUGCUGGAUGCUACCGAUAAUGUAGCAACACGAUAUCUAUUAAAUGAUGCAUGUGUUUUAACCAAGAAGCCUUUAGUUUCAGCAUCAGCAUUAAGAUUUGAAGGGCAUUUAUCUGUAUUUAACUAUUAUGGUCCCUGCUAUAGGUGUAUAUUUCCCACACCUCCUCCUCCAGAAACAGUAACAAACUGUGGCGAUGGUGGUGUUUUUGGUCCAGCUGUUGGUACUAUUGGUGUUUUACAAGCACUAGAAGCUCUAAAAAUUCUACUUAAUUUACCUCAUGUAUUAUCUGGUCAACUUUUAUUAUUUGACGGAUUGGAAACGAAAUUCCGAAAUAUUAAGUUGCGUGCUAAAAAUGUAAAUUGUAUUAUUUGCGGUGAACAUCCGAUUUUACAAAAGCUGAUCGAUUACGAGCAGUUUUGUGGUUCUAAAGCAAACGAUAAAGAUCUAAAGUUAAAUUUGUUAAGAGAAGAGGAAAGAAUAAGCGUAGAAGAAUAUAAUAGAGCACUAAAAUUGAGAACAGAAGCUCACGUUUUGAUUGAUGUGCGUUCUCCUGAAGAAUUUGAAAUUUGUAACUUAAGGAAUUCUAUAAAUAUACCAUUAAACGAAAUUAAUAAUGACGAAAAUAUAUCGUUAAUAAAACGUAAGAUACAAGAAAUAUUGGACAAAUAUGAUGCAGCUAAUUUAUACGUUAUGUGUAGAAGAGGAAAUGAUUCACAAAAGGCUGUGAGAAGUCUUCAAAAAGUAUUUAACAGAAGUAACUUAACAAUAAAGGAUGUAAUUGGUGGAAUUCAUGCUUGGAGUAGAAGAAUUGAUCACACCUUUCCAGUGUAUUGAUUAUAUAAAAUUAUAAUCAUUUUUUAUUCAUAAAAUUAAUAUGAACAUAAUUUCAAUAUUUAACAUAGAUUUUUAUAAAUGAUGUAUAUGUGAAUUACAUAUACACUUACAAUUAGAAAAAUAUAUUGUUGUAUGUAAAGUAA